ACAUCAAGCCCGAUAUAUUCUUGUUAUUUCACUUGACUUGAAUGAGAAAGUCAAUGCUAAAUUGACUGACUUUGGAAGUGCUAGAAAUGUCAACAUGUUAAUGACCAACAUGACAUUCACAAAAGUUAUUGGAACUCCUGUGUAUAUGGCACUAGAUAUUUUAAACAAAAAAGUAUAA